AUGAGUGAACAAGGGUCAGAACCAAGUAAGAAAAUUUUUGAAGUAUCAGAUUUGAAAAAUUUUGAAAAAUCAUUAGCAUAUAAAGAACUACAACAAUCUUUGAAUCAAAUAAUAUUGUUGAUACAAGGAGUUAAAGUACCACCAAAUGUAUUGAGUAAAGAAAUUGUAACUAGAGACAAACAAGCAAUAACUGAAACUCCACUACCGCCACCAACACUGGAUACACAAAACAAUACAAGGUAUCAGAAUAAUGUGGAAGUGAUAAUAAACUUAUUAGACGAACUAAAUAAACUUAUAAAUGAAACACCACCAGUUGAAGGUCCAACAAGGUUUGGUAAUAUAGCAUAUAGAACAUGGUAUGAGAAAGCGGAUAAAACCCUACCAACUCUACUAGAAAAAUUAGAUCUUAAACUACAAAACAAAAGUCAAUUCAUUACUGAGAUUAAAUAUUAUCUAGCUAAUUCAUUUGGUUCCAAAAUGAGAUUAGAUUACGGAACUGGUCAUGAAUUAUCAUAUCUAGCAUUCAUAGGAGCUUUGAUAAAAAACAAUGAUAUAAUAAAAAAUCCAUCAGGUGAAGAAGUUUUAGUGUUAUUUGCGAAAUACUACGAUUUAGUUCGUAAUUUAAUUCUUACAUAUAAUUUAGAACCAGCUGGAUCUCAUGGAGUUUGGGGAUUAGAUGAUCAUUUCCAUUUGAUAUAUAUUUUGGGAGCUUCUCAGUUUGUUAAUGAUCCAUCUGCUCCGUCAGUAAGACAAGCGUUACUGAAACAAGUUAUCACCACUUACAAAUUAUCUAAUUUUUACAUCAAUGCAAUAGCGUUUAUUUUUAAAUUAAAAACUGGUCCGUUUAAUGAACAUAGUCCAAUUAUUUAUGAUAUUCAUAUGUCUGUCUUACUGUGGAACAAAGUUAGACAGGGACUACUAAAGAUGUAUCUGGCUGAAGUUUUGGGUAAGUUUCCUGUUAUUCAACAUUUUUGGUUUGGUGAGAUUUUAUAUCUGUGGAAAGAUCAACAGGGAAAAGCAUUACCGGUAAAUCAGCCAGAAGAGCCGAAUAAACCUACAAAGAAAGUUUCAAAACCAAGUCUGAAUAUACCGAUGACUGCUGCACCUUGGGCAAAGCGUUAA